ACGGUAGUGAUGGUGCGUCGCGCUUUGCCGUCAGUGUGGUAGGUCCGAGGCUCCUCUAGGGCUGCGUCCGUCGAAAGUCGGUGCUCCUCGGUGCCGCAUCAGCCAGCUCAGCUCAGCAGGCUUCAGAAGCUGCUCCUGUCGCAGCAGCAGAAGGGUGGAGAGGAACCAUGAAAAGGGGUGAUAGCGAGCCGGAAGGAAGUUCUACGGGAGCUGGCAGGAAGCGAACAGCUACGAAAACAACGGAUUGAUGGCCGCCCUGUAUUUCUACACCGUAGCUAUUCGUUGCUUGGAUUCUAACCGCCAUGGGGAAUGGCAUGAACAAGGUCUUGCCCGGGUUAUACGUGGGCAAUUACCGGGACAGUAAGGAUGCGGCUCAGUUGGAGCGCUAUGAGAUCACCCAUAUUCUUGCCAUCCAUGACGCAGCUCGGCGUUUACACUCCGAUAAGCACUAUCUGUGUAUACUGGCAGCCGAUACCCCCGAUCAGAACUUGACCCAGUACUUUCCACUCUGCAAUGACUUCAUCCAUGCUGCUCGACUUCGAGGUGGCAACGUCCUGAUACACUGCUUAGCGGGGAUGUCCCGCAGCGUAACAGUAGCAGUAGCUUACAUCAUGAGUACCACGGAUCUCUCUUGGAAAGAGGCACUCAAAGUAGUUCGCGUUGGUCGUGCGGUGGCAAAUCCUAACGUUGGUUUUCAGCAGCAGCUACAAGACUUUGAGGCCACUCGCCUCCAGGAGGAACGAAGAAGAUUGAAAGAACGAUAUCCUAGCUUAGCUCUAGCAGCAUCAGACGCAGAAAUCUGCAGAGCUGCUCUCUGCAACUACGAGAGUCUGGCACUUGCGAGAGAAGUAUGCGAGGGUAAGUGUGCCAUGGGGCGCACUUGUCCAACUGGCCUUUGCCGGCAGCCAUCCAAAAGAAAUUUGAGGAGAAAAUCUUCAACCACAAGUACGACUAGCCUGACGACCGGGAGGACACCGCCACAUUCUCCAAGGAUGCUCCCAUCGGCGCCACCCUCGCCGGCGUUUCCGAGAUCAGCCAGUACCAUCGCGUCUGGUCAACGACCGCGCAGUGGACCAGCAGGUCUGCACUCUUAUACGGGAUCUGCACCCCCGUCCAGAGCCAUAUCUCGAGUGGAUUUAUCCAGCGCCGUUGCAUGCAGCAGCAGCAAUACCAACCUCUCGACGGUUGGCAGAGGUGGGCCGCCAAAUUCGGGAAACAAAUGGCGUCUGCGCGCUGGAUCAGCUCCUGUCACUCCCAGAGCGACUCCACCGUCUUCUCCGCAACAUUGGCCACGCUGCAAUCCCGUUAACCUCCAGGCCAAUCAGGCUAGACUUCCGGUCUCGCCACAGCCUCAGACGCUGAAUCAGGCCGACAAUGAGUCCCAAAAUAAGAUAACGUAACGGUAGGAAUACGUUAUUCAUUUGUUUACCCAGCGGAUUGGGAUCAUUAGAUGACAAACUGAUGAGACGAACUUCAUUGGAUUAUGCAUUAUAUGAGUAAAGAACGGAUGUCCAAAAAAGCGAUAUUG